AUGCCGGCGAUUCGCCCUGAAACGUUGAACGUUAUCCAGCUGGGAGUCGGAUUUUUCUUUAUUUUCUUUGCUUUUAAUUCACAAGGUUUCAUUGAGCAACCGGUGAUCAGCAGUGUUGCAAAGCGGGGAAAUGUCAAUGAACAUGCUGGAUAUUAUAGUUUAUCAAUUAUUUACGCUGUUUUUACGGUGGCGAAUUUUGUGGCCGCGCCUAUUGUGAACAUUCUAUCGGCGAAAUGGGCAAUGGUGUUGGGAGGAUCAAUGUAUUGCGCGUUUCAGGCCGGAUUUCUACAUGUCAAUCAAACGUAUCUCUUCAUUUCCAGUGCCGCACUUGGAUUCGGAGCAGCUAUUCUCUGGACCGGUCAGGGGACAUAUCUCUCAAAGAAUUGUGAUGAAACGACAACGAGUCGAAACAGUGCUAUGUUGUGGUCGAUUAUGGAGUCAUGUAUUGUGGCUGGUGGAAUAUUCUUGUUCAUUGUUUUCCAUCAGAUCGGAUUGAUUUGCUUGGCGUUGUUGAGAACGCCACCGGUUCGUGCGGAUGAGGAGAAUAAGCCGAAGUUGAGUUAUCCAGUGUUGUUAGGGUCAACUUUUCGUCUAAUGUUUACGAAGAAAAUGCUCUUGUUGGCGAGUCUAUCCGACUUGUAUCUCAUAUACAUUAAAAGCGACAAUACGAACUCGAUGCUGGCUUUGACAGCGAUGUGCGAGGGAUUGGGGCAUAUAAUGGCUGGAGGUGCCUUUGGAAUCUUGGCCACUAAAACGAAGAAAUUGGGGAGAGAUUCGAUUGUUCUUUGCGGUACCAUUGUUCAAUUGAUUUGCUUUGCCGGAGUGUACAUCAAUAUUCCUGCUGAUGCUCCAAUUCGGCAGACAAAUGACACCGGUGGACUCAUCGAUCCACAACUUUGGAUUGCUCUCGUUUGUGGUUUCUUGUUGGCUUUUGGGGACGCGUGUUGGAAUACGCAGAUCUAUUCACUGCUUGUUGAUGUGUAUUCUCAGAAAUCGAGUCAAGCAUUUGCGCUUUUCAAAUUUUAUCAGUCAGGUCUCUCUUGUGCCGCUUUCUUCUACGGUUCAAAACUGCAACUUCAAUGGCAUUUAGCAAUUUUGGUGUUAACGGCUCUCAUUGCAACUCUUGCUUUCUUUAUGGUUGAAAGAUUGAAUUCAAGUGAAGAGAGAAGUCGAGAGUCAACCCAAGCAACGGAUACAUUUGAACUGCCGAAAUCGGUCGAUGCCCCUCAAGUACCAGCCAAACAAACAGUCGAUGAUAGUUGGAAU